CUCAAUAACUGUCUCUUCUCAUACGAAUUGAACCAGUGCUAUCAGAAUAUCACACCCACCACUGCUCUGUAUUUGCCCAACACCAGAAGAACCCAAGACCAGCUCAGUCGUCUGCCAGCCAACCUCGCAUCAUGCCCUCAAAAAUCCAACUCGACGAAAACCUCUGGUUCCUCUACAUCUGCCUCCAAAAAUCCGACUACAAGAACAUCGACUUCAACGCCGUCGGCGAAGUCACAAACCUCAAAGCCCCCGCCGCCCGAAUGCGCUAUACCCGUCUACGUCGCCAGAUCGAGAGCGGGACGCUGAUAGGGACGCAUGGGACGCCGUUUCAACGGGCUGCUGGUGAGAAGGGGGGAGGGGAGGGGGGUGCUAAGAGGAAGAGGGGUGAGGUUGGUGGUGGUGGGGGGGAGGGGGAUGAUGAUGAGGAGGAGGAAGGGGGGGUUGUAGGGAAGAAGGGAAGGGAAGAGGUGGCCAAGAGAGAGAGUACAUCCCCAUCAGAUAAAUACGACUCCGACAACACCACACUGCCUGAGCGAGAAUCAGAAGACGAAGUGGCACCGUUGGCAAAACGACCUGCGAGGCAAUGUGCUGCUGAUACGGCAUCCUCCGCUAUCCCACCACCACCCACAACGCCACGAACGGGCCGGCGGAAACCCAAUAUCCCUAUUUCGGACUCAGGCUCACCAUCUUCUGAUGUUGUAUAGCACGCGAGAAGGAUGGAACUGACUCCGAGACCCGUGGUGAUGAGGGUUAUUGUUAGAGGGAUUUAUUUUUGAUUCUAGAUGCACUGCUGCACUCCACUCUACUGCACUGUAGUAUCGGACAUGACGCCGCAGCUGUGGAUAAAUGUCCUCCACGCGUUGGCUCUCUCAUCUCUCCGUCAUCCGAACCCUAAGAUUCAGACCGUGGUGCGAGUUUAUAUUGGGAGAGAAGCAAGGUUUCCAGGUUGGGUUGGGACGAUGGUGGAUGAUGGUGUUGGCUUGGCUGCACUGGUGUGUGCCUUCCACUCUAUCUGCGUGUGGUAGUGCAGUGUAUGGUGGCCUCAGUUACUAACUCCCGCCAUCGUGCUUCUCUCCUGGUGGUGUAGAACGGAAGUGCCCACGCACGUGUAUUCUGAGCAUGGGCAUGAGCAUGAGCAUGUCUGUCAGUUGAAGAGAAGAGGAGUGGCGUGAGGAGUGGAGUACGGGCGGGCCAGGGAGCCGGUGGUGGUGGGGAUGGGAUGGGAUGGAUGCGGGUUG